GUGCUUUCACAAUGUAACGAUAUCAAUGCUCAACGCCUUGGUAAAUCGUACACAGGGAAUGAGUGUAGGAAGGCAGUACUGAGCGAAUAGCAGGCGUCUUGCAAGAAGAGCUGGACGUUUGCCUUACGAGCACGGAUCUGACUUCAAAUCCGCCCCCUUAACGGGGAACCUGGUGUGAAUUGGGACCGCUUGCCCACUCUCCCCAGACUGAAAAAGUUCAGAUGGAGAAAGGAAAGGAAGACGCGCCUGCACAAUUUCAGCUGCGGCAGCAGGGGGGAUCGGGAGCCGCCGGGGAUCGGGGAAGGAUAUCGCAUCCCGGCGAGAGGGAUCGUGUUGGGUCUGUCCGGAUCUGUCCGGGAAUCACGGGGGCAGAGCUGACACAACCCGGGGCCGGAGCAGUGCAGGCCACCCCUGAUGCCAGCGAAAGGCUUUCUAUUGAACAGCGGCACUGUGAGAAGCAGUGGGGCUCCAGUAGCAGACGUGGCCCAGAAUGCCCCGCUCCGGCAGGCAAGGACACUCUCGCCCAGCGGCACAGGAGCAAAGAGAGUGGAAAACACAUCAGCACUCUGACACGGGCACCUGAGUGGGUUUCACACAGUCUCAAACUACUGAGAUCUGAUCACAGCACGGCAGGGCUCAGUAAUCUGGACACUGAGAAUGCGAAAGAAAGUCUCACUGGACUAGAGUGUGGUGUUGAACAGGGGGUCAAAGAAGAGGAGCUGAACGAGCCGGAUACUGUUCGAGUUACUGAACAGAGCACCGAGCCCCACUCGGCUCAAUCCACAGAGCAGCACACUGAGCCACUGCCGGUUCACAUCAAAGAAGAAGAAGGCAAUGAUCUUCUGCGUGGACCUUGUGAGGGAUCUCCAUUCGUGAAGGAAGAGGCCCUUGAGCUGGAUUGCGUCCACAUUAAGGUGGAGAGGCAGACCCAGUCCACACACUCAGAUGGGAACAGGGCUGAGUUUGAUCACAGCCAGCAGGGCCAUUACACAGAGGACUGCAAAGGGGAAGAGCAACUCCGAGACCAGGAAAUCAGGAAGACCGACCCGCUGGAUAUUAUAGUUCUGAGGCCUUGCUCAGUCAGGGUGGAAAGACUGUCAUUACAGCACAAUCAGCAACAGCACGAGCUCCCCACUACGUCCGCUCCACCGCCUGCGAGUAAGGACAACGAGGGAUCCACUCGAAACCCAGACGCUGUCCAUCACAGCACCCACUGUGGGAAGAGUCUCAGUCGCUUGGGAGAUCUUGUGCCACACCAGCUUAUCCUGCCAGAACACAGGCUGUACUCCUGCUCUCAGUGUGAGAAGAGGUUUACCCAGCCGUCUGAUCUUGAAAUACACCAGCGCCUUCACGCGGAGCAUAGACCUUUCAGUUGCAGCCAAUGUGGGAAGAGUUUUCCCGAGUUAAGUGACCUAAACCGGCAUCACCGCUGUCAUACAGCAGAGAGACCCUUUAUCUGCAGUCACUGUGGCAAGAGUUUUAACCAGUUAUCCAACCUUAAAAUACACCAGCACUUUCACACCGGCCAUAGGCCAUAUAGCUGUAGCCAAUGUGGGAAGAGCUUCAGUCAGUUAAGUGACCUUAACAGGCAUCAGCGCAUUCACACCGGAGAGAGACCCUUCAUCUGCAGCGAGUGUGGCAAGAGUUUUAGUCAUUUGAGCGUUUUAAAAUGCCACCAGCGAGUUCACACGGGAGAGAGACCUUUCACGUGCAGCCAGUGUGGGAAGAGCUUCAGCCGGCUCAGUUUUCUGAAAUGCCACCAGCGCAUCCACACAGGAGAGCGCUCGUUUAUCUGUAACCAGUGCGGGAAGAGUUUUAUUGACUUGAGAGGUUUAAAAAGGCACCAGCGCAUUCACACGGGGGAAAAACUGUUCAUCUGCUGUCAGUGUGGGAAGAGUUUCCUCGAUUUGAGCAGCCUAGAAAGCCACCAGCGCACUCACACAGGAGAGAGGCCGUACAGCUGUAGUCAGUGUGGGAAGAGCUUUAUUGACCUGAGCACCCUCAAACGCCACCAGCGCAUCCACACAGGAGAAAAGCCUUUCAGCUGCAGUCACUGCGGGAAGAGUUUUAUUAAUUCAAGCGACCUGAAGAAGCACCAGCGCAUUCACACCGGGGAAAGGCCGUUCAAGUGCACGCUUUGUGGCAAAAGUUUUUGCCAGUCGGGGGCGUUAAAAUCCCACCACCGCAUCCACACUGGAGAAAAACCCUUCAGCUGUACCCAGUGUGGGAAGAGUUUCAGCAAUUCGAGUGAUCUGAUCAAGCACCAGCGCAUCCACACAGGAGAGAGACCCUUCACCUGCAGUCAGUGUGCGAAGAGCUUCAAUGUCUUGAGCAAAUUAAAAAGCCACCAGCGUGUUCACACUGGCGAGAGGCCUUUCAGCUGCAGUCAGUGUGAGAAGACGUUUAGUCUUUUGAGCACGCUGAAACGCCACCAGCGCAUUCACACAAGAGAAACCUUUCAGUUGCAGUCAGUGUGGGAGGAGUUUUAGUGACUUAAGCAACCUAAAAAGACAUGAGCGCAUUCACGUAGGGGAGAAACAACUGUAAGAUAUUUUCAUCAUUUCGUCUUUCCUAUUACGGUCAUGACCUGUCCAGUUCUUCAACGAUAUUUCUAUUAUGCUUAACACUGUUUGCUAUAGAACAUUCACUGUUGUUGGGCCUAUAUUAACAUUUAUUACAUAAUCCUCUGGCACCCUGUAGCCUGACCUUGUCAGAUCUCAAAAGCUCUCUCCGGACUGCUGUUAUUACUUUAACUGCUGCCCCAAAUUAGCUUUGAGAGCAGGUUUUAAGGCCUGCAAGAAGAAAGGAUACCUAAGAGCACAAGGCAGAGUUUUGACUCUGUUGCCUGGGCAAAACAUUCCCGUGUUCCCCAGAGCAGUAACUGGGGUGUACUAUCAAGUCUGUGAACAGGAUGUCUUCAAAUUACUGUGCAGUAUGUUGUUUUAACAAUCCGUAUUGUAUUUUUUACAAUGUACUGUAUGUGGUAAUAAAUAGAACUGCUGUGUA